CCCACGUUGGGCCCAUCCAUGAUCUUCUCUCAUCCCAUUAAUAAAAGACGCACCCAUUUUUCUCUCCUCCUCCCACCCCCGCAGAACUCGACCCUCCACUCACUCUUUCUCUUUCUCAUCCCCAUAUUCGUGCUUAAAACCCGUAACCAGAGAUUUUGUUUUUAUAUCUCAUUUCCUCUCACAACUCUGCUUCCUAAUUAAUGGAGCAACUCAAAUCUCUCUGGUUUUUCUCCCUCUUCCUCCUUUUCCUCUCCCCAUUUGCAGAGAGCGGUUCAAUUGGAGUUAACUAUGGCAGAAUCGCCAACGACCUUCCUUCCGCCGUUCAAGUAGUCAAGCUUCUCAAAUCCAAUGGUCUUCAAAGGGUCAAAGUUUACGACACCGAUCCCGCGGUUCUCAGAGCUCUUUCCGGCUCUGGGAUUAAAGUCACCGUUGAUUUGCCUAACGAACUUCUCUUCGCCGCUUCCCAACGUCUCUCCUUCGCUUACAAUUGGGUCCAAAAGAAUGUAGCCGCUUAUUACCCUUCCACUGAAAUCGAAGCCAUUGCCGUCGGGAAUGAAGUAUUUGUCGACCCACAUAACACCACGUCGUAUCUUGUUCCGGCGAUGAAGAACAUUCAUCAAGCUCUUGUCAAAUACAACCUUGAUUCCAAAAUUAUGGUCUCUUCUCCUAUAGCUUUGAGCGCUUUACAAAACUCUUACCCUGCCUCAGCUGGUUCAUUCCGGCCGGAGCUUGUCGAAACUGUUUUCCGUCCCAUGUUGGAUUUCCUCCGGCGAACUGGGUCUUAUUUAAUGGUUAACGCCUACCCAUUUUUCGCUUACGAGUCCAACACCGAUGUGAUUUCUUUAGACUACGCUCUUUUCCGGGAUAAUCCCGGCGUCGUGGAUACCGGCAGUGGUUACCGUUACUUCAGUUUAUUCGACGCGCAAAUCGACGCCGUGUUUGCCGCAAUGUCGGCUCUGAAAUACGACGACAUUAAUAUGGUGGUUAGCGAAACAGGGUGGCCAUCGAAAGGAGACGAAAAUGAGAUCGGAGCCAGUGUUGAAAACGCGGCCGCGUACAACGGAAACCUAGUCCAUCGUAUACUGAGCGGUGGCGGAACUCCGUUGAGACCAAAAGCAGAUCUGACCGUCUAUUUAUUUGCUCUUUUCAACGAGAACAAAAAGAACGGUCCCACAUCGGAAAGAAACUACGGCUUAUUUUACCCAAACGAAGAGAAAGUUUACGACAUCCCGUUUACUGCUGAAGGAUUGAAAGAGUAUAAGGACAAGCCAUCGCGGAAGCCGAUAUCCGCGCCGACGGGAGCACCGGUGAGCGGCGGCGAUGGUGGUGUCUCAAAGAGUCAAACGGGGAACACGUGGUGUGUUGCAAGUGGUGAAGCGGGAAGAGAGAAGCUGCAGGCAGGUCUAGACUAUGCUUGUGGUGAAGGAGGGGCGGAUUGCCGUCCGAUCCAAGUGGGUGCCACGUGCUACAAUCCGAAUACGCUAGAGGCGCACGCUUCGUAUGCUUUUAAUAGUUAUUACCAAAAGAACAACCGUAAGGUUGGCACGUGCUACUUUGGAGGGGCGGCUUACGUAGUCACUCAACCACCCAAGUAUGGCAGUUGUGAGUUCCCAACAGGGUAUUGAAGAAGAGGAAUGGGAAUCUUAAUGGGAGGGAGCAGUUGAAGGUUGAAGUGAGAAAAGGGGUUACUUUUUUCAACUUUGUUUUUAGAGGAUAAUUAAUUCUUUUUGUAAUCCAAUUGCUUAGAAUGAUGGUGGUGGUUGGAUUUUGGGGUUUUAUUUUCGAAGCGUUUUCUGAUUUGUAAUUAACAUGGUUUUCCUAAUUGUUAGACUUCAUCUACUUUUGUCAUUUA